CAUCACUCACUGCCAUUGCCUCUUAGUUUUGUGUUGUGCAAAUUGGCGUUAUUAGGUAUUUUGUUUUGCUGACAUUGCAUAGCAGGAGCUCCCGAACUUAUUGCAGGCACCUGUGAUUAAAUUCAUUGAAGCUCAAUGAGAGAAGAUAGGUCUAAUAAACGGGGCAAAAGGAAGAAGGAUUCCUUUGAUGCCGAUUUUGCGAAAAAGGAAUCUGGAAGGGUAACUGAUGGGUCUGAUAAACACGAAAAUUCAGGAAAGCAUUGGAUGAGUUUUACACCACAUAGCUCGGUUGUCAGGAAGCAGGUUGACCCUGAAACCAUGAAAUACUUCUCUGAAAUCGCCAAUCUUUUUGAGAGUAAUGAGGUUGAUUUGGAGGAGCGAGCAGUUAUAUGCGGUAGUGCUCUGGAAGAAACUAGAGGAAAAGAAUUUGAACUCGCAACUGAUUAUAUUCUAAGCCACACUCUGCAGACUCUCCUUGAGGGAUCUGAUGUUGAACAUCUAUGUGCUUUCCUUGAGAACUGUGUUUCAGAAUUUCCGAAUAUUGCUAUGGAUCGAUCGGGUUCUCAUGUGGCUGAGACUGCUUUUAGGUCUUUAGGCAUGCAUCUUCAAGACAGUGAUGUUUACUCUGUUAUUGAAGACACUUUAACCAUGAUAUGCAAGGUAAUUAUAGAAAAUCCUGUUGAGGUGAUGUGUAACUGCUAUGGAUCACAUGUUCUUAGAAGUCUUCUUUCUCUUUGUAAAGGAGUUGCAUUGGAUUCUCCAAGGUUGCAAGGCACAAAAUCAUCUAAAGUUCUAGCAGGGCGAUUGAAUUUCAAGGCAUCUAGAUCAGAUGAAGAUGCUUUAUCACAAGCUCAUAGGGGAUUCCCAGAUUUACUUAAGUUCCUUGUCUCUGGGAUGUUAAAGUGUUCCAGGAAAGACAUAAAGACCUUGCAACUUGACCAGUACAGCAGUUUGGUUUUUCAGACUGCUUUUAAACUGUUGAUGGGAGAUGAAGAAGAGCUAUUGAAGAUAAUUCCUAUUAUUCUUGGGUGCCGAAAGGAAAGUAUUGUGGAGGGAAAUCUAAUAGAUUUAACUAAAGUGCCAUAUGUUAUUGAUUUGUUGAAAGAACCUGCAUUUAGUCGUCUAAUGGAGGUAAUUUUGGAAGUGGCACCGGAUGUCUUGUACAAUGAGCUGUUUUCAAAAGUGUUCAGGAAUUCAUUGUUUGAGCUUUCAUCUCAUCAUUGUGGAAACUUUAUCGUUCAAGCACUAAUAUCUCAUGCAAAACAUCAAGAUCAAAUGGAGUUGAUAUGGGACGAACUUGGUCCAAAAUUUAAGGACAUUCUUCAAAUGGGAAGGCCUGGAGUUAUUGCUUCAAUCAUUGCUGCAAGUCAAAGGCUUCAUGAUCGUGAACAAGAGUGUUGUGAGGCCCUUGUUGCUGCAGUAUGUUCAGCAAAUGAAUCACCAGGAUGCAUUGUUCCUCGAAUACUUUAUCUUGACAGAUAUUUCUUCUCUGAAGACAAGGCAAAUUGGAAUUGGCCAAGAGGUGCUAAAAUGCAUGUAAUCGGUUCUUUGAUUUUGCAGGAAGUUUUUCGAUAUCCAAAUGCAUUUAUACAGCCUUUUAUUUCUAGUAUUUUAUCACUGGAAGAUGACAAUGUCCUAGAAGCAGCUAAAGACUCGGGAGGUGCUCGUGUAAUUGAAGCUUUUCUUAGUUCAAAUGUUUCUGCAAAACUGAAACGCCGUUUGAUAGCAAAGCUUCGGGGACAUUAUGGAGAGCUUUCAAUGAAUUUGUCGGGCUCAUUCACUGUUGAAAAAUGUUUUACCACCGGUAAUAUGUCACUGCAGGAGGCCAUAGUAUCUGAGUUGUCAGCUAUACGAAGUGAGCUUUCUAAGACAAAACAGGGCCCUCAUCUCUUGAGGAAACUCGAUGUUGAGGGAUUUACUGCUCGACCUGAUCAAUGGAGGUCCAGACAAACAUCAAAACAAGCAACAUAUGAUGAAUUUCAUAGUACAUUUGGGUCUGGUGAUAUAAACUCAUCCAAAUCUGGCAACUUUCUUACCCAUACGUACAAGAACGCGACACAACCAGAAGGGAUAAAGAAAAUGAGGGCAGAAAUUGACAAUACCCUAACAUCUCCUGCUCCAUUUUUGAGCAAUUCAGGCUCUAAAGGCAAGUCCAAUAAACCAGAAAAGCGCAGGAAUAAGUACGCCAGAACCUCCUAAGACGAUUUUAGCACAAACGGUGAAAUUAAGAAGUCUCCAAAUAAAAGAGAGUCCAGAUAGGUCAGAAAAAGCAGCCAGACAAAACAGAGGAAACUGCCAUGAGAGGAUACCCAAGGCUUCUACGAAGUCAAGAACCUGAUUUGGAUUAAUUAUGUCAGCUUCCAAUUUUGCAACUUCUAUGGGAGCUGUCGUCUACUUGUAAGUUAUAGAAAACAACUAAAGUAAGUCUUUGAUCUUAGUCGUACUCUGAUAGAGUGUUAUAGCCUACUAGUGUUGCUUGGUUUAGAUUUUGUUUUUUAUAUUCUUUGAUAUGUUGUUUGAAAGCUUUCUAGCUUAUGUAACUCUACUUCAAUUUUUUCUAAUUUAAAGAAAGAAAAGAAUUUUUAUUUAA